CGGUGUGGUGUGGCCCUGAACGCGUCACAGUGGCUGCUCCUGAACGCAUCUCGAGUUUCUUCAUGCAGCUGAAGGUCGAAGAUUCUUCAACGAUUCGGAUUCUGAAGAAGAUCAAAGGAGAACCAGCUUCUAACGAGAGACUCAGUAUUUUGUAGAAACGUGUCCUCAGAUCAGUUUGACUCCGGUUCAUCCUCUGGGAGCCUGAACGAUGAGCGUCCAGUCGCGUGCUGAGGAGGAGCUGCUGGAGAAGUUCCUGGACGCUGCAGCCAGAGGACACGUCCCCCAGGUGUCCUCACUGCUGUCCCACGUCCCCUCGCUCAUCAACCAGACAGGAAGCAGCGGCUGGACGGCGCUGAUGCUCGCCGCUCGCCACGGACAACUUCCUGUGGUGGAGGAGCUGCUGUCACGUGGCUGUGACAAGUUCUCCGUGAACUCUUCUUCACAAACCGCCUACGACGUGUCCAGGUUCUGGGGCCACAGGCACAUCUCCAGCCUCCUGGGGGGGGCGGAGCCCGGCAGCCUGCGGGUCCUGCCGGGCUCCGACCUCGUCCCGCAGGAGAACUACUUCAGCCGGGAGACGCUGGACCGGCUGAGCGCCAAGAGGACGGACACCGAGUGGAUGGAGGCGAGACAGAGGGACGAGGACAGCGUCUACCUGCUGUUCUCCAGCCUCAGCCCCAUGGUCAGCUGCCCCGAGGACCAGGGCUCAGAGGGGAAGAUGAAGCUGUGUCGGUUCAGGUAUGAGGCCGUGAGAGAUCUUCUCCAGGAGCCUGCCACUGUGCUCGUCUUCUUGGGAGUGGAGAGGAGGAAGAACCCCCCCCCCUCCUCCUCCUCCUCCUCCUCCUCCUCUCAGACGCAGGAGGCCGGUCAGGAGCCUCCAGCCUGGUUUGCCGUCGGCUCAGAUGAAGACGCAGCCGAGCUUCUGAAACGCUGCAGAGAGAAGAGCUGCUUGUUCCCGAGGAGCCCGAACAGAGACCUGCUGCAGCUGAGCGAGGACGAGGCCGGCGUGGUGGCCCAGGCGCGCUCGGUGCUGGCGUGGCACAGCCGCUACGCCUUCUGUGCCACGUGCGGCAGCAGCACCCGGCCGGAGGAGGCCGGACACAAGAGGAGCUGCCUGGACUCGAACUGCCGGAGCCGGAGGGGCGUCCACAACACCUGCUACCCACGAGUCGACCCGGUCGUCAUCAUGCUGGUGAUCCAUCCUGAUGGAAACCAGUGCUUACUGGGAAGGAAGAAGAUCUUUCCUGCUGGCCUGUUCUCCUGUCUGGCUGGUUUCAUAGAGCCUGGGGAGACGAUGGAGGAGGCGGUGAGGAGGGAGACGGAGGAGGAGAGUGGGGUGAAGGUGGGACAUGUCCAGUACGUGUCCUCUCAGCCGUGGCCGAUGCCGUCCAGCCUCAUGCUGGGAUGCCUCGCUGUCGCCACGACGACCGACAUCAAGGUGGACGAGAACGAGAUCGAGGAGGCCCGCUGGUUCCCACGGCAACAGGUGAUCGACUCCCUGUUCAGAGGAGAAGCUCCGGCCUUCGUCUUCCCUCCCAGACAGACCAUCGCUCACCAGCUCAUCAGACACUGGGUGGGAAUCAACUCCAACCUCUGACCAGUGCAGCCCUCGACCUCAGAGCUCCAGACUGGUGCUCAGUGAACUGGGAAGGAACCAGCUUCAACUGGAGGAAUCACUUCUGUUAAAUCUCCUCCAGCUUGUUCCUGUAGAAGUCGAGUUGAAGCUCACCUCAGAAUUCAAGAUGAUUAAAUAACAUUAUUAAAUUAAAAAAAGUGGAAAGGUUAUGAGGAAAUGUUUAGAGGGUAAAAUCUUAGGUUCUGUUUCAAAGGCAAGUUGGGAUCAUAAUUUAAUACAAAUAAAAUGUCUAAUUUUAAAGUCUGGUCAACUUUAUUUUGCAAUUCAAAAACCAACCAUGUGUGAUGUUAAACAAUUCUAUUCUGUUGUUAGACUGAUAAAGGAUUCUCUUAUCGUACAGCUAUAACAAAUAUUUGAUAAUAUUUAAACUAUAGAUUAAAUCUAUAACUCCAAUUGAGUUUAUAUUAUUUCAUAUUGACGAGAACUGAUCGAAACAAAGUGGAUUUUCUCAAAUAAGUCAAAUCUACACAGACUUUGAUGUCGAGGUCCAAACGUGAAAAUAGUUAAUGAUUAAUGUGAAAGUCCAAUGAAGAGGAAAACAUUAGACAUUAACAUGCUAACAUACACAUAAGGAUACAAUAUCAUGUUAACUCCAGAGAGGUUCCUGUAAUAAGCAUUUUGACUUUGUUUCAACACUGAAACAUUUGCAUUGUGUUUAUUUCUUUUAAAAACGACCAAAAACCCAAAUGUUCCUCAUUUGUUUAUUUUUAAGUUUCUUUCAUCAAAAGCAAAAAGAUUCCGCUCAUUCUUUUCUUUUCUUAUAGAAAAUGGAAACAAAAGAAAUUUGCCUCGUACAAACAUUUAAAAAUGACAAACGGAACAAAAGAAAGAAGAAAUGCUGUACAGAGGGGAUUCACACACACACACACGCACACACAGACACACAAACUGAGCUGCUGCAGACAAACACAAGAACUUUAAUUCUUCAUGUGAAGUUUGAAACUGUUAAAAUGUCAAGUUAAUGGAUGUGAGACAAAAAUAAACAACUUUUCCCCAUAAGUCCUGAAAAUCUGAUUUUCAGUGGUUGUCACCGGCGAAUGAUACAAAAUGAAAACAGGUGCAGCAAAAAAAUAAAGAAAGAAUAAUAAAGGAUUCAGCCGGUAAACGUGUCGGCUGCGUUUCUAACUGGAGCUUAUUUACAGAAUGGAUAGAACCUUCUGCACCGGUUUGUGUCUGAUUCACUGACGCUCACAUGAUCUGAAGAAUAAGACGACCUCUGACCUCUGACCUCUGGGACCUGGAUCAGAGUGGACCAGCAGAGAGUUAGUGUUGGAUGCUGACGGAGGUUCAGACGAACUGGAACACGUGAGACUUUGACACUUGAAGGUUCAUGAUGCAAAGUGAGAAAACGUCUCAGUCUGAGAGUUUCCAGAUAAACGAGACGAGAACGUUUCUUCAGUUAAUGUACGAAGUGAGAAAGAUGAAGAACUGAUUGAAACUUUCAUUUAUCCAUCACAACAAAAUGUUGCUUGUUAAAUAAGUUAAGUCCUCAGUUGAUCUUUUAGAGAUUUGAG